CCUGCGCAGUGAGGCGCCUGCCCGCCGUGAGCGGCGGCUAUGGCGGCGGUGGCGCGGUCGCUGCGGGGGUUGGUACGAGGCGGUGGUGGCUGCCAUCGUGCCUCGUCCAUGGCGAUGUUGCUGUCGCCGCUGAGGGCGGUCCCGGGGCUCCCGGUUUGCAGGCUGAAAUCAUCAGUCAGCUUUCUUACUCGACCGGAUCGACCAAAUCUUGCUUAUCAUAAACUAAAAGGCAGGAAUCCAGGGGUUAUUUUCCUUCCAGGCUUUAAUUCAAAUAUGAAUGGUCGGAAAGCAGCUGCCCUCGAAGAUUUCUGCAACUCUCUAGGUCAUGCCUUCAUCAGAUUUGAUUAUACAGGAUGUGGAAGUUCAGGUGGUAAAUUCGAGGAGUGUACAAUUGGGAAGUGGAGAAAAGAUGUUCUGUCCAUACUGGAUGAACUUACAGAUGGACCACAGAUUCUGGUGGGCUCCAGCAUGGGUGGAUGGCUGAUGCUUCAUGCUGCAAUAGCACGCCCGGAUAAAGUAGCUGCUCUAGUUGGAGUAGCUGUAGCAGCAGACCAUUUUGUAACAGCUUUUAAGAAGCUUCCCAUUGAGGCACAAAAAGAAAUAGAAGAAAAAGGUGAAUGGAAGUUUCCAACAAAGCAUAAUGAGGAAGGAUAUUACUCUGUGACAUAUGACUUUAUCAGAGAAGCAGAAAAUCACUGUGUGCUAAAUAGUCCUAUUCCUAUAACGUGUCCCAUACGACUUAUUCAUGGCAUGAACGAUGAUGAUGUCUCUUGGCAGAUCUCUAUGCAAGUUGCUGAUCGUGUUUUGAGCAAAGAUGUGGAUGUUAUCCUCCGCAAAACUGGCCGACAUCGGAUGAGUGAGAAGGAAGAUACAAAACUUCUUGUGAAUACAGUUGAUGAUUUAAUUGACAAGCUGGCAACAGUAGCAUAAGCUGCAGAGUAGCCUAAGUGCAUGAACUCUACACAUAACUCUUUUCCAUGAGUAGCCAAAACCCUGUUCUUAACAAGAUGAUGCCAGGCCUGUGACUAUCGCAGUAGGAACUGAGCUUUUCUGCUGUUUCCUUACCUCCGUUUCAUAAAUACAGGUAUUUUAUUAAUGCUGCAUUUGCACAGAGAGUCCAAAAUGCGAAGGAGCGCUGCUGUUGUGUUCAGAACCUCUCCUUUACCACUUAAACCUUUUUUCACAAGCUUCCUACACUUUUGUACUGAAAUGUUGAUUCAUUUUUGUUACUAUUGGCAUGUACAGGAAAACCUUAAUUUCCCAUGUCUUUGACACCUUUUUCACUAUUGUCCUUUUGCUGUAACAUUCUUAUAUCUUAUAUCUGAAGCCAUUUGUGCAAGGCAAAAUACAACUUGAGUGGUUACUGAAGUUCUUGUUAUUAGAAAUAGUGAAUAACAUGAAGCAUAAUAAACAUAUUUUAGAUAAAUUAUUAUAUUGGUCUCAAGUACUGUUAAAAUUGACAAGUGGAAGGCACACCCUGAUGGUGUGCCUGGGGUACUACAGAAGUAAGAAGUUAACCUCUAGGAAUGCAGAGCCUCAGAGUGCAGAUAGAGCUCUUUUAUCUAUGCUUAUGAGCAGGGUUUAUGUCCUCUUCUCCAGGCUGUCUUUUCUUUGGGUCUACUAUUAAGGGAACAAUAUAUAAUCUUGGUGUAAACUGAAACUGGAUCAAUACAGAGACUCUUUUGUAGUAACUUCUUUGAAGUGGGGAGUACAGCACCAUAGGGCAUGACUGCCUCUUUUCGGUGACUUGAGAACUGUAGAUUACUAGGAACAGUGUCUUCCAGAGUUAGGACAUUGAGGUACAUGAGUGCAAGCCUGAGAACUUGUAAAUGAAACCUGAUAGUUGGAUAAUUCUUGUAACGUAAAUCCAUAGAAUUUAAUAGUAAAUUGAUUUAAUUGCAAAUAUGACUAUUACCUGGUUUUUGUCCAAAAGUACAGUGCCAUUCAUAAACUUGAGAGAUAGGAACUGAGGUGAGAGGCUGGAAAUAGUUCAGACUGGCCUUAAUAUGAAACAUCAGUCAAAGGUAUGCAGUCAUUUCUGGCUUUAUUAUUUUAAGUAGUAAAUGGUAUCCCUAUUGCUGCCUUAAAAGACUAAAGCUCCUGAGGGUAAGACAUUUUUAGAGAGUUUGUUGUUUUCAGUGUUAGCAUUGUCAGCAGAAGUACAUUGUAUAGAGCUUUGCCGAGGUGGUAGUUUUUAAUUAAAAAAACAAAACAAAACAAAAAACAAAACAAAACAACCCUAGAUUUCAGAUGAGUUCCUGUGAAGUACAGUUUUAUUUAGGCUUCAAUACUGCAAAAAUAAAAAACUGUGAUGUAAAAAAUUUGAAUUCCCUUAUGAGAGUAAAAAAGAUGGCUCUAGUUUAGAUGUAAACCUUCUAAUUCAAGUGUACAAAUUCCCUAGCUGAAUUCUCAAUUACUCUAGCUCAGCAUACUUGUUUGAGGAAUUAUAACAUUCCAUAAAGUCUUGUUUCCAAGUACUUCUGUUUCUCAAGUAGACUUUUUUCUGUCUGUAUGAGUAUGCAGUUCAAUACUUUCUUAAGCUUUAAAACCUCUUGAAUGUGCAUUUUACUUUUGAGAAAAAUUAGUUCACAUGAUCAGCCAUUUCCAUUACUGAAGGUUGAGCUGCAUUCGUGUUUAUGUAUUGUUAAACACUUGUCGUCUUUAUGUGCAUUCAUGUGUCUUGCAUCUGAUAAAACCUGAAAAAUAAAUUUUGUGAGUUUUAGUCAAAUCAAAAAUAAGUUUCUUCAAAACUUUCUGCUCUUAGUUUACUUAUGACAAUUUUUUAAUCCACUUCCAUCACAUUUCUUAGACUGCUUUGUCUGGAAGAAGUUGAAAAAAGCGGACUGUUGUAAUUCCAAAGUGAUUAAUUCUAAUUAAGGACAAAAGUCACCAAUUGUCAUAAGUAUACUUUUUCUUUACGCGUAGUAAAGUUAUUUCAGUAGCUGAAAAAUUUUGAGCUAUUUUUUUUUAAUUGGGAGUUAUACCUGCAAACAUUCAACUUAACUGUAACGCUUAAGACAGGGGAGAAGUCUUUAUAUGUCUGCAUAAACUGUAGCUGUGUAUUUCUGUUGAAAGAAUUGCAUUGUAUUCAUUCAAAGCUUCACCUUAGCCUUUAUUGAAUAAUUGAUAUUUUAUGAGUAAGGUCUUUUUGUUACGAUGCCUUAGAGCAAGAUAACUGAAAACAAAUGUGAAUGGGGAGCAGCUGUGUGAGUAGUUUUCAGGGUUUUUUUUUCUUGUUUGAUGGUGGUUUUUGGUGUUCGGUGUGGAUUUCUCCCCCACCCAUUAUUGUGCUGCAAUAACAUUAGGUGGGAGAAGGCAGCAUGACAGGGUUGACACAGUUGUUGGGGAUACAAAACUGCAGCAUCAAUUGCUCAAACCACAGCAUGACUAAAACUUAAUUCUAGGGAGGUUUUUUUGUGUGACGCUUGUUUUGUAGUUAUAUCUGUUUUCCUUCUCUGCUUGCUAAAUGGAGAUCAGUGGUAGAAUUUACAUUACAGGUACGCCCAAAAUUUGCUACAUACAAUGUAAAUGCAAAGUGAGAGAUGAUACUUUCUUCAUAGAGACAGUAUUCCAGAUAGGAUUUUAAGAUGCAAUGAAUGCUAGUGCCCGUCUCUCUGUGUUCAUUUGCCAUUUUAUUUUGCAUUUUUUGCUUUGAGGUAGACCUUAUGUAGACAUACUUUUUCCUCUAAUUUUGCCACAGUAGUUUCAUUGGUAUUUCUCCUUGCAAGCAUAGUGUUUUCCUUGUGUUCAUGCUGGAAAUUACCAGCAUUUUGAUUACUGUCAACUUGGCAUGCUCAAAUGCAUGAGAGAAGGGAUAGAUGAUAAACAGGGAGAUUUACAUCCUACCCUUGACUAGCUCUUGACAUAUCAGUAAGUUUUGACAAUCUUGAAUAAUGUAAUAGUCACAUGUUAACGGUGUCAUUCUGAUUUUAUGCAGUACCAUGUUUUGUCCCCUGAGUUAAUGCCUCUGGUAUCUUUUUCUUUUUUCCCAGUAGACGCCUAGAUAGUGAAUUAUUUUCAAUAUUAGUCAUGUUUAAAAACAAGCAUUUCUUUCCUAUGUAGAAAUACUGUAUUAAACUAGGGUACUAUAUAUUUGGAAAGCUCUGCAUGGUGCACAUUUUUAAAAUCCUUUGUAAUGAAUUCUUAUGUUCUGUUCUUUUUCUUUUUUACAGACUUCUAAUUUGCUGCCAGAUACAAAGUAUGUUUUGUGAAUAUAUAACAUACGUUUCUUCAACAAUAAGCUUGAUUCACACAAAACGAUCAGUGUCUUAUGCUUUCAAAUUUAACAGCUCUGUCUUGUGCUGCCUGGGAGGGGGUUGGUUUUCUCUGGACACCUUAAUCUACACUUAAUUAUUUUCAGUAGCGCUCUUAGCUUAAGUUGUUAGCAUUCUCAUUGUCUUUCACUUUUGGCAGGUCUGAAAAUGACUUCUAGGCUUAUCUGUCACGGAGUGUAGUACAGACGUGUUGAGGCUGUUACAGUACAAGGAAGCUCUGGACACUAACUGAGCAACUCAGCUGCUUGUGUUGUUGAUUUUGAUCAAACAAUACUAGUUGAAUAAGCACCUCGAGGUAUUUAUCUUCCUAAAGAUAUGCUUAAACUACAUAACAUUAACUCCUGCUAAGGAGUUACAGUCAUUCAAGUUUCACGAGUAAAUAACAAAAAGCUUUUAUAGCUAAGCAGGAAGCUUGAUUAGCAUAUAAUACCAAAGAAGCAUAGUUUUCAUUAAAAAGAAAUGAAAGCAUUACCAUCUGAGCUCAACUGUCCCUAGUCCUUGCCAACGUUUUUGUUUCAGAUUUGUUGCAAAAAUCAAACUACUUGAGACUUAACUUAUGAAACAAACAAAAAUUCCUUCUGAAAAGGAAGAAAAUGGUGAGGCAUGCUUUCCUGUGUUUGGGAUUAAACUCUGCAAUAGACCAGUAUGUGUUGAAAUAGUCUCUAAAGCUUAUUCAAUUUGUUUCCUAAUAAACAAGUGCUCUUAUUCUGUGUAUAUUGAGAUGUACUAAUGCAGUUUUAUAUACAUGUAUUUUUAUCUUGUCAAGUAUUCUACUUGUUCUGUCUCUUCAGUUGUUUGGCUUUGUGUUACACGCUUUUUUUUCCUUUUUUCUUUUUUUGAGGUAAAUGGUAUUAAGUGUUUCAUGUAGUUUCAAUUUAGCUAACUUACUUUUUCUUGCAUCAGUGCUAAAUACAAACAAAGCACUGUUCACAAAAGAACCUAGCUGGAUAGGCCUUAGAAUAACUGCCUCCUGCUGUUUCAUUUUUAUGUUAAUUUUGAUUAUGUGCUCUCUUGGACAUGCAGUUAUUCAAUGGGGCUAAGAGAUUUAUGGUGCCAUACUUUUCAUAUCAAAUUAAAACGUGCUUGGAGAGAAAUUCUCAACCAGCUAUGUGACUGCAGCUGCUCAAAUGUUUUCAAUGCUCUAGUUGUACUGCAAUACAGAGUUACAACAUUUUCUGAACCAGUGCCUUGGUCAUUAGGUACAUUAGGUCUGUGCUUGUCAUUUUACCUUGGUCCAUAGCCCCUCCUUUGCGGGGGGGCGGGAGUGGGUGGGAAAAUCGUGUGCUAGGGAAUUGUGAGAUUUUAGUUCCCUUGAUUUUUACGUUACUCGGCUGUGCUGUUAUAGAGAGGCCUACCUUACCCUUUCAGAUUUUUUUUUUCUUUUAAAGUGCUAAAAAAUAAUGUUAAAGGCUUCCCUGGAAAUACAAGAGGGUUACGUGUUUCACCUGUCUCUUAAGAUCAGCAGUCUCUGCUUUGGGCUGAUGGACAAAUUCAGUCAGAUGUGUGGGAAUGCAGAAUUUCACUAAAGCUUGGUGAAAAUUCAACGACUGUGUAAGGAAUGCAUACAGAAAUACCAAAAAUCAGUGCACGCUCUUGCUCUUCCACCCUUGUUCUCAAGCCCAGCGGGAACAGGAAAGGCAGAGGGAGCUCAGCUAUUCUGUAUAAUAGCAGGCAGCUUGCUACAUACAUGGUUUUACUGUCACUGUGCAUGUUGCUUUUCUCCUGGCAGGUGCUUUCUAGGGGAAGAGAUUACUGUAACGGUUGGGAAGAAGAGACAGAGAUGAAGGGCAAGAAAAUUUGCUGCUCACAGAUUUGCUGCUCACAAAUUUACUGCUCAUAGGUCAGUUUAUAUAGCGCAGAUUUACUUUGUGACUGUAGGACCUCAUCUCUCUCCAAUAUAUAUUUGCCUAGAACAGAAGAACUUUAGUUACAGCCUUGGCUAUGUUAUGCAUAAAUCUAAAUUGCAGGACCUAUUGCAGUCUAGUUGCAGGCUUGACCUUGUAUUUCUCUUUCAAGUCCUGCAUAUGUAUGUUAAAGGGUCCAGUGCUUCCAUUCCAUUAAAGAGAAACAGGCAUCCUCCAUAUGACACAGUAAUUGUAGUUUGUGAUUUCCUCAUGGGUGAGGAAUAGACAUGUUCUCAGCCUGCUACAGUGUCUUGUUUUGUGUUUGGGAAGGAGUUUCAGCUAGCUCUGCAUUUGUAUUUGGAAUGAAAAGCAAAUGACAGCUGCUAAAACUUCCAGUCACUUGGUUCUGAAACUAAAAUACAAAUUUAAAAUGUUUUUAGGCUAGCACGUGGAAGGUUGUGUUCUUUUUGAGCCUUCUGACCUGCACCGUGUUGUCUGCUUACUUCCCACGUGGCAACAUGAGAAGGUCACUGCUGCUUGUCAGGGUGGAAGCAGGUGCUCCUGACUGUGGCAAAGGUAUGCUGAACAGUAGCACGCUUAAAGGUUAGACUGAUGUAAAUGGCCUUCCCAAAGUUUGGUCCUGGAAAAGCAAUCCUUGAAGGACACGGGCUGCCUGGGAUCAGGUCUGGACCUUAUGAGAAUCCUCUCCUUUGCUUCUGUACUGAAUGUGGUUGCUGGCAGAAGGUGUGCCAGAGUGUGCUAGUCCUUAAGACAGUAACUCUUGAAAAAGUCCCUGACAGCAAAGCUAAAUCCCUAAUCAUAAGAAGCAGCGUUUAUUUAGUUAGGGGAUUUAAUCUUGUUUGCUUGUAAAUCUUGCUGUCUGUUUUGACCUAUGUUUCAGUGACAUAAAGAUGAUGCUACUUUUCCGUUCUUCUUGUAAAUGUGUAUUGCAAUGCAUCAAUUUCAAACCAAGAUGGUUCUCAGAAGGUACUGUUUUUGUUGGGAACAAAUAAAAAAUUGGU